GAAUUUGAGAUGAAUCAAGAUGCAUUUCGACAUACCUAUGUAGCAAUCUAUCGGAUGAAACGAAAGAAACUCACCGAAUUCAUAAGAGCUAAAACCAUGAAGUUUGGAGAUUAUUAUGUGAGCCAAAUUGAUGAAAUGUCUAAGAAACAGCCCGACGAUGUUAAGAUCAUCAUGAACACAAACAAUAAAAAGAAGGAGGUCCUGAGCGCCAAAUCAUUUUUUGCAAGAAGUGUUGCAACACGUCGGUUGGGUCGACGGUAUCGGGCGUUAUUGGUUUUUGGUCCCCCUUUUCUUCAUAUUAAUAUUAUAAUCGUUGGAAUCAUUUCUGUGUUCCCGAGUUUUGAGGAAUAA